CAAAAGUCUCUAUGAAAAAUUAAUCAGCUGUGGCUUGAUUUAUUUUUCUGUAAUUAAUGUUUUGAAAAAUAUAAAUAAUAAUCAAUUUCAAAUUCUUUCAUCCAUAAAUACGCUGGUAGAUUAAAUGAUAAUAAAUCGAAACCUAACACAGUUGAGGCUUAAUACCUUUUAUUGCAAUUGAAUUAGAAAAAAAGAAGAGUAUUAUUUCCGAAAAUGAAUGCAACGAUUCAGGAAAUCGAAGGUAUAGAUGAUUAUUGGGGGCCGGCAUUCCGAUCCGUUUACGAAGGUGAAGGGCACGAAGCAUUCGUGCAACAAUUAGAUGAUCGAAUAAAGCAGCACGAUAAGGAAAUUGAGAAAUUGUGCAAUUUUCACUAUCAGGGUUUCAUAGAUUCUAUAAGAGAAUUGCUGCAAGUCCGUUCUCAUGCUGAAGAAUUGCAUGCUGAAAUAUCUAAUGUAGAUGCUAAUGUCAAAGAGACUACUGAAGCACUGUGCAUUAGAGCAGACGAAUUGAUCAGGGCUCGAAGAGUCGAACUGAACAUUGCAGCUACCAUUGAAAAAAUGGAACUGUGUUUACCUCUCCUCACUACUUACUCCAAACUCAAAUCCCAAGUAGAAGCGAAGAGAUAUUAUCCAGCACUUAAAACUCUAGAGCAACUCGAACAUGUGCUACUGCCGCGAGUCGGUCCAUACAAAUGGUGCGCACAGAUAUCUUCCGAUAUACCACGAUUGAGGCAGGCCAUACGAGAUGCUUCAAUGGCCGAUUUGAGGGACUUUCUAGAGAACAUUCGUAGGCUUAGCCCUCAGGUCGGUGCGAUGGCUCUGAAGCAAACUCAAGAUAUGAUGGGCAGAAGUUUAGCUAACAUAAUCAGUAAAAAAGAUAAAUCACAGGGCUUGACGGCUUCGGACGGUCCUCAGUGUCCCCACGAGCUGGUAGACUUCAGUCCUCUGCAUAGAUGUCUGCACAUCCACACCGUGCUAGGAGCCAAGAACGACUUCAUACAGUAUUACAGAUCUCAGCGCAGGCAACAAGCCCGCCUCGUAUUGAUUCCGUCGUCUGGCAAUCUCCACGAUUCAAUCCAGGGCAUCAGGAACUAUCUGCACGCAGUCCUCGGCUUCUUCAUACUCGAGGAGCACUUGCUGACCGCCGGGGCCGGGCUGGUGUCCAAGGACUGGUUGCUGGACACCUGGGGCAUGUCGGUGACCAAGGUGGCGUCGACACUCCGGACCAACACGUCGCUAGUAACCGACCCUAACUUGAUGCUUAAAAUCAAGGAUCAAAUUAUGCUGUUCAUAAACACUCUUAAAUGCUACGGGCUGCCGACGGACCCGCUGCCGCUGCUGCUGCAGGAGAUGGCCGAGCACUACACCGAGGUGCUGAUGCAGCGGUGGGUCGGCGUGUUCCGGGACAUACUCGACAACGGAUCCUUCCUGCCCAUCGAGGUUCAAAAUCAAGAGGAAUAUGACAGCGUGAUGGACAAGUUCCCUUACGACGGCGAAGAGCUGGAGACGCAACCGUUCCCCAGGAAGUUUCCGUUCUCGUCCCUGGUGACGUCCGUGUACGUGCAAGUGAAGGAGUUCAUAUACGCGUGGCUGAUGUACUCGGCGGGGCUGGGGCUGGGCGGCGAGCGGCGGGCGGGCGCGGCGCGGCACUCCGCCUCGCUGCUGCUCAGCCGCUCCUUCGCCGGCUGUCUGUCGGCGCUGUUCCGCCGCCCGCUGCCGCUCGUGCAGCUCGUGCAGAUAAUAGUGGAUACGCAGUAUUUAGAAGACGCCACGGUCUGUCUGUACGAAUUCAUCAGCAACAUAACGGGCUCGGAACUCGUGACCACACAGGCCGCGGGCAGCAUGUUCCAGGCAGCUCGCGACGACGCCGAGCAGCAGAUAUGCGACAAGCUGGAGAAGAAGGUGGACGAAUUCCUCGACUUAGAAAACUAUGACUGGCUCUUAGUGGAGCCCAUCGGACAAGCCUCGUCCUUCGUGACGGACAUGCUCAGCUACUUAUCGGGGGUGCUGACGUCACUGGAGCAGCUGCCCGAGCGAGCCAGGGUCGCGGCGGUUCGGGCGGCAACGAACCGCAUCGCCACGCGACUCCGCGCCCUGCUGCUGGACCCGGCCGUCAAGCAGAUCUCGUCCGGCGCGCUGUACCAACUCGACCUGGACGUGAUCCAGUGCGAGCAGUUCGCGGCCGGCGAGCCUGUCCCCGGCCUCCGGGAGGGGGAACUGCUCGAGCACUUCGCUAGUUUGAGGCAACUACUGGAUCUGAUCACGGGCUGGGACUGGUCGUCGUACCUCCACGACGUCGGCAUCGACGGCGGAAAAUACACGCUCGUUACGCCCAAAGACGCGGCCACCCUGCUCGAGAAACUAAAGGAGGCCGAGCAGAAGUCUUCCGUCUUCUCUGUUCUGAAGAAAAACGAGAGAGACAGACGUAAGCUCCUCGACACCGUCCUGAAGCAACUGAAGCAGUUGCAGAAUCAGGAUUCUUGAAGUACGCAAGGCCCGAGCCCAUUGGCGCAGUGGUUGAGGAACAAGCGCGGGGUUCUGGGCUCUAUUUCCGGUUCCGGUCAGGGCUGUCUGCUGUGCGUGCCUUCGUUAGGCGCCGGAACCAAUAGGCGCUCUUCAAUGCAAAGCAAUUAGGCAACAGAAGCAAGCAUAUACAGGGUGGAUUCAAUCACAUAGAUAGCCAUGCAGAACAACUUAAAAAAAUACAUGCAAAAAUCACAUUAAUCAAAUAAUUUAAUGUCACUAUCGAAUAAUAUUCUCACGCAACAGUUUGUAUCACACCCUGUGUAAGUUAGCAUCGAAUUUGAUUUUGGCCUUUGGCAGAGGCUUGAAGCUUGUUAUUUAGAACAAAGUUUGGAUUCAAAUGACAUUGGAAAUAAAUUGUCAAGAGUUUUUGAUCGUUUAAGGAGAUAACUUGUAAAUGUCCCAAGUGUUGCCAACGUUUAUUACAACGGUAACUAUUACUACCACACUCUGUACCUUCGUCAGAAAAUAUUUGAAAAACAAAUAAACAAUUCAAUAAUAAGUAGAGAAUGUAUUUAAUCUGUGGUGCUUUGCUUUGAACGACGCAGUCGGAAUAGAGCUUCGAAUCGCGUUAGCUUUAAAAUCUUUGUGUAGUUAGAAAUAUGUUUAAAUUGUAAAUAGAUGAAUACGUUUCGUUUUUCAUUAAAUUUAAUAGCAGCCAUAUAGAAAUCGGGGGAAAGCAACGGGUCGUGCUGUCUUCCUGGUACGGGAAGGAUGAUACCAAUGAAAUUGUAAUUUUACAUACUGGACACGCCCAGUCUUGUUCCGAGAGAUCUUUUUUCUCCUACCUACGCCGAAAGUUCGGUUUUCCUCCCGCUGUACAGGAAAGAAAGUCUAAUUUUUCCCCCCUGGGUACUGACAAGUGCGCAUGCGCGUUAGUGUCUACGUCAGCUCUCACGCACCUAAAAUUCUCCGCCAUUGUUGUGCUCGGAUAAUUUGCAAUAUUGUGUUUAGUGUAAAAGUGAAAUAAAUAAAAGGCAAUAAAAUUUUAUAGUGAAGUAUUAAACAAAUAUGAGUUCAUCAGACAGUUCUUAUUCAAUUAGUAGUAGUUUAUUUAAAAAUUAAAAAACUGUUAAAUUGAUUUUUUAUUUACCCCCGGCCAGGGCUUCGCCCCUGGAACCUGGCUCGGUACGCCACGAACUUUCGGCCUGGUAGUAGAAAAAAUAGUAUGUGCACCGCGGGAGAAAAGUAGGACAUUUCAUCCCGCAUGUAAAAUUGCCACUCGAGCCGAAGGCGAGGAAAUGUCCUACUUUUCUCCCUUGCUGCACAAUGUACUAUUGUGCCUGAAUUCAUUCGGAAUAAAUUUAGACCACCACCAAUUUCAGUAUUCACUUCAAGGCAUAUAAAUACAGUGGACCCCGGGUAAUCCGACAAUCGUCACGAUAAUCGCCUUAUCGUUGCCGCCGCUGACUACUCCCCGAAUCCUGAUCACGCAAGAGCCAGUCACCCCAUUAUCGCGGGUCCACUGUAAAUGUUACUAUAGUAAUUAAAAUAAAAGAGACGAGUUAUAUGUCGUUUAUUUUAGAUACUUCAAAGAGAGUUUAGAUAAUACUAACAUAUCUCAAUUAAUAAUAAAUUUUAUAAAGACUUUUUUUUCAACCGUACUUAUAAUAAGGUUUACGUAGUGAUAGAAGAGCAUUUAUUGUAUUGUAAUAAUUAACUCAAUGUACGUAAUACACGUGUAAUAUUUAUGAAAUAAAUUAUUUUACGUUUU